GUGAAAGCGCUCGACUCGCUCGGCGAUGCACGAGAACUUCUAUCGUUUUAUUUUCAUUCAUUGUUGAUCACUGAAGGGUCAAUUACUCUGUUGUUUUUGAUUAUUUUACAAUAAAGCCCAACAUCGCACGUUCAAAGCAAAAUAACUUUUCAUAAAUCCGUUUAUAUCACCCACUAACAUUUUCAAAGUCCAAAAGUCACGUUGUGUCGAAUUUCAUUGGGUUCUAAUGUCAAUUGAACACAAUUCCUGCUCUACAUUAGCACUUAGGAGAUGAUAUUUGUGUUUUCGGAUCUAUAUUAUUUAAGCAGUGGACAAAAAGACGUGAAAAGAACGUUUCCUUUUUGUUUUGAAAAGAAACACCGGAAGCUUGAUGUUCAGUAUCGCCAGCUUGUCAGCACAAGCGGACCGCGUCUGCACUGUCCUGCAAUUUAAACUUGGUUUCCCUCCUCCGUAAUGGUGAAUUAAAAUGGUCAUUGUCAAGGUUUACGUCGCUUCGUCAAGUGGAUCUCUGGCAGUGAAAAAGCAACAGCAGGCGGUGGUGGGUUUCCUGGAGGCCAACGGAAUCGAGUUCCAGCAAGUGGACAUCGCCAUGCUGGAGGAGCAGCGGCUGUGGAUGUACCGCCACAUCCCUUGCGACAAGCGGCCGCACGGAGCCAACCCGCUGCCCCCGCAGAUCUUCAGCGGCGAUCGCUACUGUGGGGACUAUGAGGACUUUUUCCGCUCUAAAGAAAAUAACAGCGUGUUUGCCUUCCUGGGCGUCGCCGCUCAAGAUUCGGACCAGGUGAACGAUUUAUGAUAUUUCCUUCCUCACUUUUUGCAUGACCUUAAUUUUUUGUAGUUCUAAGGACAGCCAUCACUGAAGCUAUUUGGGUCUCGUAUAUUAAAAGACGGAUGAGACAAAUGACGAAACAACUCAGGUUUUGUUUUUGUACAGCAGGAGUCUUAGAAGGCACAAAGGUGAAAACUUCUCCCGGCCGUGUGGGACUCCUUCAAAAAGUUCUUGUACCCCCGCCCAGAAAAGGGAGCGACGACAAUCGUGUCAUUUUUGGUCACCCUGCAGCAGCAAUGCACACUGCACCCGUUUCGAUUCGGUGUACCUAAUGAUGUGGCCACUAGCGUGCGUUUGAAUCGUCCAUUUUCGAUAUUUUCCAUGUGCUGAGCCAUCGUGUUAAAUGUACAUGAUUGUGAUUUUUAUAUUUGUGGAGAGUGAUGUCAAAUUGCAAAAUAAAGUUGAUGAAUUUUC